ACGGCGCCAGAAGCAGGCAGGGUAAGGCGAGAAGAGACCCCCGCAGUGCCGCCGCCUCUCGCCCACCCUCCUCCCGUCGCAGCCCAAAGAGCUGGGGGUCGCUCGAGAGCGCUUCCUGCCUCUUGCUCAGGGAAAUGAGUGCAGCGGCUGCGGCCAGGGCAAGGACUGCGCCUCGGAGAUCCUUGGGCUGCCGCUUGGCGCUUUGAGAGCACGUUGUGCCAGCCAGGACACCGGCGUUGGAGCAUCUCUCACGGGGCUCGGCCGUGCCUGCCUGCCUGCCUCCUGCUUCUUGACUGCUCCUCUUGGGACUUGGUGAGCCGCUUCCCCAGUGGGCGCUGCGAUGCUCCCCUCUCCGUGCAAAGGGUCUCCCCUGCUGCUGCUGGGCGCUUGGCUGUUGUGGGCGCAAAGUUGCUUCUCUUUGCGAGUCCUCAGUGGUCAAAAGGUAUGUUAUGGUGAUUCAACACAUCCUUGCUACAAGAUUGCCUAUUUCCAGGAUUUGUCCAGACGUGUGGGUUUCCAGGAGGCCCGCCAAGCCUGUAUAAUUGAUGGUGGAGUACUUUUAAGCCUUCAAAGUGAAGCAGAACAGAAGUUAAUCGAGAAAAUGUUGCAGAACUUCACAAAAUCAGGCAAUGGAAUUGCUGAUGGUGACUUCUGGAUUGGGCUAUGGAGAAGUGGUGAGGGACAAGCUACAUCGAAUGCCUGUCCAGAUCUUUACCAAUGGGCAGAUGGAAGUAGUUCUCUUUUCAGAAAUUGGUAUACAGAUGAGCCUUCCUGUGGGAGUGAAGCUUGUGUUGUGAUGUAUCAUCAACCAACUGCAAACCCUGGCUUGGGAGGGCCUUAUCUUUACCAAUGGAAUGAUGACCGAUGCAACAUGAAGCACAAUUUUAUCUGCAAGUAUGCCCCAGAUGACAUCCUAGAAAAAGAAUUAGGAGACAGAGCAGUUCCAGAUUAUGAAGGCCAAACAACAGUGCCAGCAGGGAGGCCUCAUGAUACAAGCAAGCCAGAAGAUCAUAUUCCGGUGGUUGUGACUGAAACUGGGUUAAUUCCCAAUCUAAUUUAUGUUGUUAUACCAACUAUACCACUGCUGUUAUUGAUAUUAGUGGCUUUUGGGACUUGCUGUUUCCAGAUGCUGCAUAAAAGUAAAGGAAGAACAAAAACCAGUCCAGAUCAGUCUACACUAUGGAUUUCAAAGAAUCCAAGGAAAGACAGUAGCAUGGAGGUAUAAAGAUAUGACUGGAAAGAAAAGCAGGAAUCACAUUUUCACAUUCAGAUAAUGUCAUGUCAGAUAGUAGCUUGGAAUGGCUUGAAAUUGCAACGGAUCAGCAAAUUGAACUGGAAGCUCCCCCUUGAGGCAACUGUUCAGAUCGUUUUUUAUAUGCAAUGUUUCAUUUUUAUUUCAGUAGCAAAACAUGGCACUCUAAAAGAAAAAGAAUGCAUUUAUUUUGCUAAGAAAAAUGACUCCACUACAGAUAGUAAUGAGAUGGACAGAGCAUUUGUAAUAUAUAUGGGGAAAUGUCUACUGUAUGUGUCAGUUUUAAAACAAUUGUUUCUUGUUUAAAUCUAACUCUUUCUCUGUUAGUUACU